CUUCGGCGCUGCCCACGGGAUCCCUAGCGGCUACAGCCACCUCCGCCCAGUGAGGAGCUCCGAGGAUGACUCCACUCUCUGUUCUGUCGCUGACAGCACGGCUACGUCUGUCCUUGUCAGCUGCGCUAACGGUCACCGCGUUUCCGAGUUCGAGCUUCCCGGCAUGAGGGCCGAGGAAUACUUCGAUGACGAAACAUCGGGGAUGACGGCCUACUACUCCAGUCGCUCCACGUACUCCUGGAACGUGGCUGCUAACGACCCUCGCCGCGCCCUCAAGAGCAAGCCAGCUCAGCGCGAGGAUUCCGCUAUCCCCUCCCACAUUGUCCCCCCUGCUAUCAUGUACCAGGCGAUCGGAGGCCAGCUUGGUAACCCAAAACGCCGCGGUCGCAUGCUUCUCCGCCAUCGUGGGCACUAUCGUUCCCACUCUAACCUUCACAAAGAGUCUGUUGACUCUUUCGAUCUUAUGAUGAAGGAGAAGAAGAAGCACGAGCGGAAACCCUCCACGAUCAUGCAGGGCUUGAAGUCUGCCGGGCACUGGCUCGAGUAUCCUUUGGGCGAGCCUGAACCUGAGCCGUCCCACUUGAGUCUUGAGAUCAUUGAUAUGACCUCUCGCACUUACGCCGAGCCUAGCACGACUUCGGACGGAGUUCAGUGCAGGGAAUACACCGAGUCUGAGGUCCAGUGGAGGAAAGCAUUGUAUGGCCAGUUCCCCGCCCGCGAGAGUGCACGUACUAUCUCCACCUACCCCAGUAUGAGCACCUUGCGCAGCGAGUGGUAAGCCAUGGGCUUGUGGGAGGGUUUUAAGGACUGUGCUAUUUCGUCCUUGAGCCUGGUGGCCGCAUAUUAUUGAGGAGGAUUUGUGUUGUCAGGUCAGUGACCACGGUCCUGGAGAUGUGAGAGAGUUUUAUUGGAGCUGCUGCAUAAGUUACUUUACCAAGCCUUGAGAGCCACUUUUGGGUCUUCGCCAUCCGAAAACCCGCGGUUUCCAGGCUAUAGCUAUAGGGAGUUGAUCUCCAAAUAUUAUUUUUGUUGCGGGGAGG